AUGCCACCCACGCGAACGGCGACUGCUCGACGCACUCUUCAUACGCCUUCGCAAGGCGCUUCAACUCCUGGUCGUACACGCUUGCAAGUGCGGCGUGCGCGGCUAGCUCGGCCCACGGAUGAGGAUCGUUCUUCCACGCCUCGGCGCGUUUCUGUGCCGCGCUCCGCUGCUGCUGCUCACAUGCACGAUCUGUGUGCACUUGAAACACAAAGAAUGCAAGCGAAACAAGAGCAAGAACGCUCCAUACAGGAAGAGAGACUCCAACGUGCGCGCACUGUAGAUGAACAGCUGAUGGAAGAGCGACGCGUCGCAAAGGAGAAUCGUCCGCCACCCAGCUCGUGGCACACGUACCAGGACUAUGAAAUGAAACUGCUAUGUGCAGAAUACGAACAGACUGUGAGUCAGCUACGUGCUGAGCUGGAAGACCGCGAUACUGAGCUCGCUCGCCUGCGCCUGGCGGCCGAUCAGCAUCACCAAGCCGAGUCGCAACUUACCACGUCAGUGCACGAGUGGAAAACGCGCGUCGCGCAAUUGGAAGAACAGCUUCACUCACGCGAUGAUCGCACGCAUGAGUUACGAAGGGAAGCUGAUGAAGCUCGUGCACUUGUACGUAAUCUCGAGAUGCGUCUGAUAGACGCUGAUGCUCUUCGGCGACGGCUGCAUAAUCAAGUCCAGGAGCUGCGUGGGAAUGUGCGCGUAUAUGCGCGAAUACGUCCAUCAUUGCAGGAUGGGGCUGUGGCAGAAUGGCAUUUCCCGGAUGCUGCUAUGCUGGCGACGCAAAUGGAAGUGCGUGUACCGACAGAAAGUGCAACAGGCACGGCCUCUGUCAAGACACAUGCCUUCACGUUCGAUCACGUAUUUCCGCCAGCGAGUACACAGGCAGAUGUCUUUGCUGAAGUGGCAGAUUUGCUUCAGAGUGUGCUUGAUGGAUACCAUACUACCAUCUUUGCAUAUGGACAGACUGGCUCUGGCAAGACACACACACUUGAAGGCGGCGCGGGGAUCGACUGGGAUCAUCAGCAUGCAGGCAUGAACGAUGACCCAAAUGUAGGCCUGAUUCCUCGUGCUAUGCAUAUGCUAUGGCGCGUUGCAGAAGCGCAACGGAUUCAUGGAUGGUCCUAUACAUUCGAGGCAUCCAUGGUGGAAGUGUAUUUGGAUCAAGUGUCCGAUUUACUUGGCGAUGAGCCGGGAAAGGGAAAGGGAAGGGCGCAUGGCAAAGACAAGUGCGAGAUCAAGCAUCUGCCAACACACACACACAUCGAGCAUGCAGUCGUGGCGCCAAUGACACGCCCGAAUGACGUGUACGCUUUGCUUGCCCAAGCAAAGAAACGGCGGCAAGUCGCUGCGACGCUUAUGAACGAGCGGUCCAGCCGAAGUCACAGCGUGUUCGCGCUGCGAUCGCGGUGCUAA